CGUCAGACAGCGUUAAAUAGAAAGUACAGGCUAAAAUGAUUGCUAACACUGCCGGUCGGGCUAGCUACAUUGGAGCUAGCUAGCUAACAUUAGCACGAGUCUAGUUCUUACUUCUGACGUUAUCCUGCAAAUAUUGUGUGUUUUAACUGAUCGUAUUUCAGCAGUAUGUGUUGUUACGAUGUGUUUUCAUAUGCUUUUUUCAACAGAGUAGUGAGAUCACUACAAAGCUAACAUUAGCUCGUCAGGUUAAGCAGCACCACAAAGCUAACGGGAGGUUGCUUCGUAAGAACUAGGCUAUGACCUACAGGAACUUACUUAGCUCCUGCUAGCCGGCUAUGUUAGCAUUCGUGGGAAAACCUUGGCGAACUUUUAUCAUUUGCUUUCUUGAUUUGUUCGAAUCACACAUCUGACUGCGGUAAACGUUACAUCGUAGGAUUAUGGCGCCCCGCGUACAGCUUGAGAAAGCGGCUUGGCGUUGGGUGGAAACGGUGAAACCAGAAGACAUCAGGCAGGAACAUAUCGAGCUAGCAUAUCGCAUCAAUCUUCCGGCCUGCAAGAGAGGAACCUGCAGGAGGAACUGCAAAGGAAAUCCUAACUGUCUUGUGGGUAUUGGUGAACAGGCGUGGCUGGGGGAGAUCGAUGAAAAUGCUUUCCACAAUAUUGAUGACCCAAAUUCAGAACGUAGAGACAAGAACACAUUUGUUGGCCUGACCAACCUUGGUGCAACAUGUUAUGUUAACACAUUCCUGCAAGUGUGGUUCCACAACCUGGAGCUGCGUAGGAGCCUCUAUCAAUGCCACAAUUCGCGAGCACAGGAACACAACAAUAAAUCUGAUUACGAGCCCCAGUCCAUCUGUGAGCAUCUGCAGUAUUUAUUUGCUCUUCUGCAGAAUAGCAACAGAAAGUACAUCGACCCAUCAGGGCUGGUCAAAGCACUGGGCCUGGACACAGGACAACAACAGGAUGCCCAGGAGUUUUCAAAGCUGUUCUUGUCUUUGUUGGAGGAUACACUGUCCAAGCAGAAGAACCCAAACCUGCAGAAUGUCAUCCAGCUGCAGUUCUGUGGACAGUUCUCCUAUGUUACUGUGUGUAACCAAUGUGGACGAUCAUCUGCACUGCCGUCCAGAUUCUAUGAGCUGGAGUUGAACAUCCAGGGCCACAAGAACCUCACUGAGUGUGUCACAGAGUUCUUAAAGGAGGAGAAGUUGGAUGGGGAGAACCGCUACUUCUGUGAGUGCUGUCAGAGUAAACAGAAUGCCACCCGAAGGAUCAGACUGCACAGCCUUCCUCCAACCCUUAACCUGCAGCUCAUGCGCUUUGUCUUUGACAGACAAACAGGCCACAAGAAAAAACUCAACACUUUCAUAAGUUUUCCAGAGCAGCUGGACAUGGGACCUUUCUUGGAAGGAAAAGAAGACCAGAAGUGUGUUUAUGAACUGAGUGCAGUGCUGAUCCAUCGGGGAAUCAGUGCCUACUCAGGCCACUACAUAGCCCAUGUGAAGGAUGCUCGUACUGGCGACUGGUACAAAUUCAAUGAUGAGGAAAUCGAGAAGAUGGAAGGCAAGAAGCUUCAGCUUGGUAUUGAGGAGGACAUUGCUGAGACAGUGAAAUCCCAGACAAGAAAGCCGAAGUGCAGUAAAGGCUACCACUGCUCCAGAAAUGCAUACAUGCUUGUGUAUAAGGUCCAAGAAGAGAAGAGCUUAGAUCCCUCUAUGACUAAUGUUGAGGUGCCAGCUUUCCUUCAGAGGUUGGUAGACCAAGACAACCAUAAAUUUGAGGAGUGGUGUAAUGAGAUGGCUGACAUGAGAAAACAGAGCGUGGAUAAGGGCAAGGCCAAACAUGAAGAGGUGAAGGAGCUCUACGAGCUUUUACCUGCAAGAGACGGCGAGCAAUAUGAGUUUAUCCCCCUGGACUGGCUGAAGAAGUGGCUUGAUGAUUCCACUGCCACAAAAGAAAUUGACUGCUCUUUCUUCCUGUGCUCUCAUGGCAAACUGCACCCAGACAAGGUGGGAGAAUCCAAGAGGGUUUCCUUGCAAGCUGCACAACUUCUUUACGAGCGUUACGCUGGAGGGCCAAGACUGGAUGCCUCGUCUCUGUGUAGAGAGUGUGUUAGCCAGCGAUGCCGAGUGCUUCGGCUAAAGAACCAGCUCAACGAAGACUACAAGGAAGUCUCCAAUCUGGUUAAACGAACGCUCAGUGGGGAGGGCUAUUGGGCGGGCAAAGCAUCUCUGCGUAGCUGGAGGCAGCUGGCAUUGGAACAGCUGGAAGAGGAUGAACAUGAAACCAAACACAGCAAUGGGCAGACCAAUGGACAGGGACCACACCCAAACAACAUUAAAGAGUUCGGCCCAGAGCUCUCAGAGGGCACCGAGGAUGAGAUGAAGACUUUCAAUGAAGACAUCGUCUGCAGCCACGGAGGUCUGAGUAUUCUGGAGACUGAACGGAAGCUUGUAUCCUCUGAAGUUUGGACCAAGCUUAGGGAAUACUUUCCCAAAGCUCCAGAAUUUAAUCAAAACCAAGAACCCUGUCAGCAGUGCUUGGUAAGUGGUCCCUGACAA